AUGCCUUCGGUCUCGUUCGCGACUUUCCUCAUCAUCUGCCCUGUCUCUUUCUUCCUGGGCAUCCUCUUCUCUCUCUUUCCCUACGACUACCCGCUUCUAUGGUCCUCACUGCCCACACCACCCUCCCACUUUGACGCCGUCGAAGCACACCUGAAACUUCUCCACAAUGCGCCAAAUCUGAUCGUGCGAAUCCUCCAUAUAAUGCUCGGAGUUGGCAUCUUGGGUCUGAUUAUCAAGCUCUACAAGCCCAGCGAAUCGAACCUGCUCUUCGACGGUGGCAGUCUGGUGUUGUACAUGGUUGCGGUGGUUGUGUAUAUCGCGAAUAUCGUCAAGGGAUUGAGAAUUGUGAAUGAGGGCGUCUAUGGAUUAGGCAUGGAGAAAUUGACGCAGGAUGAGCUUGACGAAGUCAACUCAGGUGGAUUUGAUGUCAACACCGGGGACAGCGUGCUUGGCCGUGAGGACAACCUGAAGGUCUUGGCUGCCAGCAAUACCAUCCUGGCGCUGGUGCUUGUCGGCGUGUUGGUGUUGCAGGUUGGUCAAUGGUAUGCAGACAGGGCGGAUGAAAAUGCCCUGCGAGAGUUUGAGGCAAAGGAGAAGGCGGAGCGCGAGAAGAAAGAACACGAAGCUUCCAGCCCCACGGUAAAAAGGCAAAGUAGUGGGAAGGAGGGAAAGAAGACCAGAUGA